CGCCGGGCCCUGGCGUAGACAGGAGGCCCCCCAGUAGUGACGUGGUGUUCCACGCCAUGCUUAGUGGUAAGCGCAGAGAAGGUGGGUAGCGACAGGUCUGGAAACUCGGCCAACAGUCUGAGAAAUGUGUCUGCCCCUGACAGCGAGCAUGACAGCCCGUCGUACGCUGCGCUGCCAAGUGUGCACACGAGGGAAGAAAACGUUAAGGCAUCAACCAAACGCCUAUUCUUAACGUCCACUAAGAGUCCAUGAGAGAGCAUGAAAGAAAAAUUGCAAAGGAAGCCAAAGAGAAUCCGAAAGCUUUUUAUAAAUAUGCCAGAAGCAAGCUAAAAGUCAAUGCCACAGUCGGAGAUCUGAAAAAGGCUAAUGGCAGCCUGGCUCAAAAUGACAAGGACAAAGCCAAUACACUAAAUUCCUUCUUUGCUAGUGUGUUCACAAAGGAGGAUACCUCAUCAAUACCAGACUUCCAGGACAGACCAUUUAAUACUACACUAAAUAAAUUGGACUUCACAUCUAAGGACAUCCAUAAAAAACUAUCGAACUUAGAUGCCUCAAAAGCAUCAGGACCGGAUGGCAUCUAUCCCAGGAUUCUCAAAGAACUGUGUGACGAACUAGAUGAACCCUUACUUACCAUAUUUAAAAAAUCGCUUGAUGAAGGUGUGGUACCACAGCCUUGGAAAGAUGGUCAUGUAACUCCUAUAUUCAAAAAAGGUGACCGAAGCAAUCCUGGAAACUAUAGGCCUGUCAGCCUUACAGCAGUAGUAUGCAAACUCCUUGAAUCCUUGGUGCGUGAUGCCGUCAUAGAACAUCUUGACUCAAACAACCUAUUAUCAGACCGCCAACACGGCUUCGUCCAGGGCAGAUCCUGUUCAACCCAACUCCUGGCCUGCCUUGACAUAUGGUCUCGUACCCUUGACGAAAGAGGAAGUCUCGAUGCCAUUUAUUUGGAUUUCCAGAAAGCAUUUGAUACUGUACCUCACAAAAGAUUACUGAAUAAGCUCUAUGGGUAUGGUAUCCGUGGAGACAUACUCACCUGGAUCUCAGACUUUCUCAAAAACAGGCGACAGAGAGUCUUUGUUAACGGGAAACCAUCUGGAUGGUGCCCAGUUCUCAGUGGAAUUCCACAAGGUAGUGUCCUGGGUCCUGCACUGUUUGUCCUCUAUAUCAACGACCUACCGGAUAAUGUGAGCUCCUGGGUCCAGAUGUUUGCAGAUGAUACUAAAGUCUUCAAGGAAAUUAAGUGUAAAGAGGAUGCAGAAAAACUCCAGUCAGAUCUCAGAGAAAUACAAAGAUGCUUUGGUAGCAAAGACCGCCAACCUUCAGAAUAUCUCCUUUGCUUGGCAUUUGAUGAACAGUGAGGACUAUGAGAGGCAAGUCAAAGCAAAAGGAGACAUGAAGACAUUUGACUUCAUACACAUGAUUCAGAUGAUCUACUAUGUGGAUAACCUCGCCGACACCAUCAAGUUCUACCACAGCCUGCUGAAGAACAAUGGCAUCGUGGUCAUCUCAAACCGUCCAGCUAACUGUGGCAGUGACACCCUGUGGAAGGCUUACAAGAAGGAGCUCUGGGUAGACUCCAUCACAGAUCGGGGCUCAUCAGAGCAGGUUAUCACCUGUCUAAAGAGCCUGGGUCUAAAAUACGAGGAGUACGCCAUUCCCGACGCCUUCGACAUCUCUGAGUGCUUCAAUCCAAACAGUCAGAUCGGAGAACAUCUGCUUAAUUUCAUAACAUCCAAAGAUCACUUCUACCAGUCCUUCACCCCAGAGAUCAGAGCGGGCAUGUUGGACGUUCUCAGGACCAAGUGCAGCACUGAAAAAGAGGGCGGGGUAUUCUACAACAUCAAUUUGAGCUGCAUAUUUGUUGAUGCUUGA